GGAGCCGGCUCAGUGUGGCUGCGAAGACGCCACCGAGUCUGACUCUGGCUGCGGACGGUCGCUGCUGAUGCGAGAGCCAGUCUGCUUCGGCCAAACUCACUGCUAGCAACUAACCACUUUGGAGAGGCUGAUCGGACGCCGACGAGAAUGAAUCAUCUGCAACAAAUACUUUGCUUAGUCCUGGUGGCAGUUGCGACGCGCAGUUUUGUUUCCACGGCAGCAAUCGAGAACGCCACCCCGUCAAGUGCAAACAAGGUGAACGCUCUGGCUGCCGUCGCGCCCCCGCAGCAACAGCAGCAGGAUGACGUGGCCCAGUUGAAGAGCCUGAAGGAUGCAACAAAGUUGACGCCAGCGAAACAAUCUGCCGCAGCCGCCAAACUGCCUGCGGAUCUGGUUGCCAAAAGACUAACGCACGCAGCGUUCCCGAGUGCGUCGCAACCGCUAGUUGGACCCAGGUCUUUGGAUGUCGUGGCGCGCGAAAUGGGAGUGACGCCGAUGCAGCUGGCAGAAUACGUUUUCUGGACAGGUGACGAGAGGGGUGUCUCGCUCGCCAUACAAGAGUUUCUUCAGCAAGGCCUGAUUUCCCGAGAGGAGGCAGUGACGUUUUUGCGUGAGAUCCGCCAGAGCAUCAGCAUCCUGCAAAAUUAUUACGCGGAGAGAAAGGCAGAGCAACAGGAGGUGGAGCAAGAAGCACUGGAAAGGGCGGCCGCCCUGCAGGAGGCACUGGCAAUAAGUCGGCUGAGGCAAGAGCAGCAGAAGCAGCAACAAUUACAGGAGAGCAAGGCCAUGAACGAGGAGGAGUACUCGGACCUGCUGCAGCACCUCAAAGAUUCUGACGCUCAAUUCACCGAAUUCUCGCUGGAGGAGGUCAUUUACCAGCUGGCGAAAAUGCUUUUCUCGCAAAAUCUCGUCACAGGAAAUGGGCAGGCUGAGGCGCAGAAAGUAAUGAAAAAAUUUUCCUCGUUCUUGAAAGAGGAAAAAUCUCAAAUGCCACAACAGCUGCAGCGAAAGGUUUUCGAAGUUUUGAGCGCGGCUCUGGUGGACGCGAUGCGCGAGCAGCCCCUGACCGACGCAGCCGUCUCAACAGCCGCACCUGCCAAGAAGCCGAGUAGAAAAACCUAAAACCUCACUGACCCCGAUCCUUCAACCCCCUCACUCAAUCAAUUACUGCGAAAUUCGCAACAUAAUGCAAUUUUUCUCAUUUGAAAAAAGUAGGACCCUCACGGAGCGGACUGGACUCGUAACUCUCAGCUGAAAUGCAAAUAUCAUGUCCCGCGCGUGUAAUAAGUUUGAUAUGCUGUGCGAAAACAAAUAAUCUGUAUGUGAAUUUUCCAGUCUGCUCUGUUUAAAAAAAAUGCCACACCGAAUUGUGUUGUUUCUAUUCAAUAAAAGAAAAAAGCGAAUAAUUAAAUCGUUAGUGCAACAUCUCCCAUAAUCAACGAAACAUUUGCUUUACCAACCGGGUUAGACUUUAUAUAUCUAUUUAUGUAUCAAAACGCACUUCUUGCAAAAUACGACUGAAUUGGACUGCUUGCGAACUACUAAAUUUAAGCAGAUGAAAAUGUAAUUUACCUUCCAUAUGGCAAAAACGGGCUUGCGAAACUUGUAACCUCAACAUACACCUCUGUAAACUAGUGGACUAUUAUUUCGAAUUAAACCCUAUUCACUGUCUAUCCUCUGCUUGCAAUUUAGAAUGAUGGUUGGAAUUUGUGCGUCGGUAUGUAGAUGUUUAUUUGCCAAUAAAACCAGUCAGAACGUAAUAAGACUCGACCAAAAGGUGUAAAAAAGAGGAAAGCGGAUGUCUAACAAAACGUUCUGGCUCUUUCGCUUCAAGCUGUUGUUCCGGUGAUGGCGAAUUGCGACCGAAAUUCGCAUCAGCGGAAAGAAACGGCGAGCAUGUAUUGCGACAUAUUUUAGAGAAAUCGAUUAAACGUACAUUACUGUACACCAGCUGUGA